AUGCAUCUACAAAUAUUUCAGCCUGUGUCACGUUUUAUUGCUUUGAACGAACUAAAAUAUUCUAUCGGUUCCGAGUUUUCAACAUUUUUACAGUUUUGCAGGUUUGAUGUGACGGAGGCUCAAAUGUCUGUAAUUGCGGUUCUCCUUACUACCUGUCUAUUUGGAAGCUCGUUCUGGGAAAUAAACUUGGUAGCCGGAUGGAAGUUACGGCAUCUUGUAAUUUUGUGUUCUUUGAUUGGGACUAUAUAUCAAGUCUGUGGAUACGUUAAGGUUAUCAUCCACGGAGGCGUUGGAAAGAAUGGAUCUACUAUAGCUGGUACAUCGGUAAUAUUCCCUCUGUUUCCUCUUCUCAUGGUCGUUUUGCCAUUUUGCAUGAUAUAUUCAAGAGCGGAAACUUCUGUUUAUGACGACCACAUCACGCUUUUCAUGUUGUGCUUCGGUGCAGUUGGAGCUAAGGCCACAAAUAGACUUGUGAUUGCUCAUAUGAGUAAAAGUGAGCUGCGAUUAUGGGACUGGAUCUAUGUGGGGCCAUUGCUACUAAUGUUGAAUCAGUACUACAAUACAAUCUUUGAUGAAUUAAUACUUUUACGAAUUGUUACGGUCUAUUGCUACACCUCAUUGUUGAUCUAUUGUACAGUGGUUUGUCGUCAAUUUUGCGAAUUCUUCAACAUUUAUUGCUUCACACUUGGAGCACGUGUACCUCCUACGAGAAAGACCACGUGA